CCUCCUGCCCGUUCCUAUAACGUUCACCUCCCCGUGUAUCACCCAGUUACUAUGUUAUUAUCCUAGCUGCCCACUUCUGAGGCGGGCGGGCGCAGGCGUGCGUACAAGUCAGAGACAAAUCCUGCCAGCACAGGCUGUCGGUCGGUUCCUUCCCCGGAGAAUGAGCUCUUCCUCCCUGGGCACUGACACUCUCCCCGGCAGCAGAACGCAGGAGGGCAGCAUGAAGGUGAAGCAGAGCGGCGGGCAGGUGGUGGCGGAGGAGCAGCUGCUCAGGAAGCCGCACAUCUCUCCGGAGGAUGUGCUCCUCUUGCAGAAGAUCACGGCCGAUUACUUAUGCACCCCAGAAGAGAACAUUUACAAGAUAGACUUCACCAGAUUUAAAAUCCGUGAUAUGGAGUCUGGAACCGUCCUGUUUGAGAUCACAAAGCCACCAGCAUCUGAGCGGGAACAUGGCGAUAAAAAGGACGUGGAUCCAAACGCAGGUAGAUUUGUAAGAUACCAGUUCACCCCUGCUUUCCUGCGACUGCGUCAGGUUGGAGCCACGGUUGAAUUUACAGUCGGCGAUAAGCCCAUAAAUAACUUCCGAAUGAUCGAGAGGCAUUAUUUUCGUGACCAACUUUUGAAAAGUUUCGACUUUGAAUUUGGGUUUUGCAUUCCAAGCAGUAAAAACACAUGUGAACAUAUCUAUGAGUUUCCACAACUUUCAGAAGAACUUAUUCGUGAAAUGAUCAUCCAUCCCUAUGAGACACAAUCAGACAGUUUCUACUUUGUGGACAACAAUCUAGUGAUGCACAACAAGGCAGAUUAUUCAUAUAGCGGGGGCCCUUGAUCCUGUCGUAAAGAGCUCCAAAAAUCGAAGCAUUGAAAACAGUCCCCUUCCCCUUUAGCAGUUAUGUAAGGGAUCGUACACAAUUUCAUGUAGGAAACCAAUCCAAGCAACAAGAUUGUCUGCCAGUAGAAGUUAUACAACUGAGCCUAUAUCUGCCCUUUCACUCCCAAGCCUUCUAGCACGGUAAAAUAGUGCAAGAACUAUUCGUAAAUUCCACCUUUUUGGUAUGGACGCCUUCAUAAUGAUUUGAAUGCUGUCAACAAGAAUGUGAUGAUUGGCUUUCACCAGACGGACCCAGUGACGAGAGUAGUCUAAUAAGCAUCCGUGUCAUGUUCAACGUAAUGGGUGUUCUCCUGGAACAAAGGACUAUUAUUAAACCAUCAUUCCAAGUUUGUCGCAGGACUAAUCGUUGUCAUCUCACUUGGGCCAUGUUGUCUUGGGACCGACCGUUCCCAUAGGACACAGAGUUUUCCUCAAUGUAUUUGUUUUAAAAAAAGAAAAUGAAAACACGAGUAAUGAUGUUGAUGUGUCAGCUUGGACCAGACUGUUGUUAAGGAAAUCCAAGCCAAAGAUUGAAUCUGUUCUUCCUCGUAGGCUUGCACUUGUUAGUGUUCCUUCAACGUAAAUGUACAAUUAAAUAGGGCAGGUUUUCCACUUGCUUUUUUUCUAAAAUCACAGCCAGGCGUGACACAGAUUUUCCUGGUUUUAGGCAGCAAAAUGUUAACGCAAGAAAAACAGAAAUGUCUACAAUGGUACAAAGUGAAGAAGACCUAAAACCUAUUAUACCAGUUAGCACAGUAGGCAGAAUAUAUUUUUUGAAACUAAGAAAAAUAAUUGCUAGUGGGUUGAAUGAUGGUGCAGAUAUGAUGCACUUGUUGGUUCUGUCUUGAUCACUAGAAACGAUAGUGUACAUGUUGCCUGUAUUAUGUUCCAUUACGUAUACUACGUUCCUCAGGAAUUGGUCACAUCAGCACGAAUGGAGGCAUAAAGUGCUGCAUUCCUCAGUGAUGUCACCGACUCCUCACAAAUGAAUGGACACUCAUGAAUACAAUUUCAGCCAGAGGACACAUGUGGUGCAUUCUUUUUUUUUUUUUUACUUGUUUGAGAAGGUAAUCUACAUACAUUGUAUGUGUAAUUGAUGAUGCCUGUAUAAUACAAUGUACAUAACACAGUAUAUUGAAUUGUAUGAGAUUUCCAGUAUAAUACUGAACCUGAAGUUCGUUGACCUGUCUAAUACUUGACUGUCUAUAUUGUAUAUGUGUUGCACCAGUUAAGUCGGUCCUGAUUUGGUGGGCCUCUGGAUGCCUGCAUUACGGAAGUAACUCAGUUUCUCUGCAGAAUGUUCUGUAUCACUGUGUGGUACAAGUCUCGCUGAAUAAAGGGCGGACAAUGUCACACGAAUCAAUGUGACUAAUUAGUAUAAUUAGACUUUUACAUAAUGUUACUUGUUUCUCCGGUGUGAUUCCAUCUGACAAUGUUCUUUGACCAUGUGAUUUUAUCAGAAAUUUGAGAAACAUUCCAAAUAUGUCGCUCAUAUUGUUCAUUCCUUUUUUUUUUUUUUUUUUUCUAAACAGCCUUUUUUUUAAUAUUCUGUCAGAAUCUCAGUUCCAUAGUGGGCUUGGGAACCUGACUGGCUGUUACUGAACACAAUACUUACUAGCAUAUGUAAUGACCAGUUUGUAGACUAAGUUGUCUAUUGCAAGUAUGUUUAUUAACGGUUGUCUUCUCAUUCGUUUUUCUAAUAAAAUUAUUAGGGUGUUUAUUUCCAAAAAUAACAGCUCUGUUCUCCAUCUUGUCUUAGGUUCUUUUUCAGGAGAAAUGCGAUGCUUAAGUCUUGUACUACUGUCCAAAUAUUAUCACACUGAUGUUCUUGGCUUGCUGUAUUGUAUGUACACCAACAUACAUGCUGUUUCACUCGUUACAAUAUUUUCUUCUUUCCUACUUGUUGCAUAAUGUAAGGCUUAACAAGUGGUUGGGAUUAGUAUUUUCUCUAAUCUCUAAUUCUCUUACUCUUCAGUCACUAGGCUAAAUGAAAAUUGUGUGAUUUGUCAUAAAAACUGUACUUCAUCAAAGAUUCUGCGUCUAAGUAUAUAUGUGCAAAAAUGUAGGUAAUGAGGCAAUGAGACCUCUUGCUCCUCUAUUCACUUGAGAAAUGUAGGAAAGACCUAGGUGUCGGGAAUAUGCUGCUUUGCAAGCUGUUGAGGCAACUUUGGUAGUUAUGCAGUGUGUCCCUAGAAACUUUGCUGUUGGAUCACCUUUCUCAUCAGCUGCGACAAGGGCUUAGACUGCCUGGUGUCCAUUGCAGACCCAUUGAAAGGUCUGAGGUCUAGCAAGCCACCUCCUAACCAGACAGAAAGUAUUCUGAAUUCUCCCUUUUUCUUAACCUAUUGUUAAUGUGUAGUAGUAGUGGAACUGGGAGAAAGCAAAUUGAGAGACAAAACUGAUUAUUUCUAAAACAGAUUGAAGUUUGUUUGGGUUAACUUUUUGGAUUUUGGGGCAGUUUGUCUGAUAUUGUUGACUUAUCAGGAAUUUCCCUAAAAAGGUGAAAACAUGGAGUACCAGGGUUGAGUUCUCUUCCAAGAUAUCAUUGCAUUGUGUCAAGCUAACAUUGGUACAGGUCGGUAUGCCUCAUUUGCUACUAAUAUGAAGACGGAACCGAACUUGACAAAAAAUUAUCAAUCUCAAAA